AGACAAUUAAAUUGUAUUGCUUGGAAGAAUAAUAUUAGUUUAAAUGUGCUUAUCAUCGCAUGAUAAUUAUAAUACAUCUACUGUCGAAUACAUAGUUAUUUAUAUUGACCAAUGCACAGUAAUAUCAUAUUGAAUUAGCUUUGGCACAGUUAAACACUCAAUUUCGUUGUCAGUUCAUUUUUACACACUGUGUUAUUUGGUUGGUCUUGAAAUUUAGCAGUUUCUUUGUCGGCAUUAUUUUCAAUUAUCACCGGAUGAACAAUCAGUAUUAUGUGAAAAAAUAACACGAUUUAGUCGGCAUGACAUGGAUUCAAAUUAAAAAGAUAUAUGCACAGUUUUAUCCCAAGACUAAAAACCAACGCGAACUUUUGGGAAUUUUCAAACUUUGCUUGGAACUUGGUGCUGUGAACAAGCUAUACAAUUGUGAUUGAAACGGAGAAAUAUUUCGCAUCAAAUCCGAUACCAGUGGAAAGUUCCAAGUCUAUAAAUGCAACUAACAGAUUAGAAAUAAUAAAACUCAUUUAUAAUUCAAUCUUGAAUAUCUAACAUACGAUAUUUAAUAUUGAUAUUUCUUUUUCCCUGUGAAACUUAACGGAAACGUAAAUUCUUUAGUCCACAAGGGAUUAAAUUAAUGGAAAUUCAAACAUGCUAAAAUAUUUUAUUGUGAAUUCAAACGUAAUACUAUACGUCAAGCUAUAAAUAUAUAUAUAUACUUUGUUAUCUAUGAGACUGUUUUAGAACUUUUGAAAUGGAAAUUCUUAUACUUUUCAUGAUUAUGCUUUCUUUUACAAAUCUUACAUCACCACAAAUACUAACAGACUUCCAUGGCGGAAGUAUUUCUUUAUGUCCUCCACCCUUAUGUUUUGAUACAGCUAAAAAUGAUCAAAAGCGUUGUUCGUGUCGUCAGGAUUGUUACCUCUUUAAUGAAUGUUGUAUCGACAUGAUUAAUAAUACCAAUUUUGAUCAGAAAAAUCGCCCUUAUCCAUCAAUAUAUUAUAGUUGUAGAUACGUUGAUUAUUUUCGUUAUAGUGUAUAUCAGUUCGAUCGAUGUCCGCUGAACCAUGAUGUUAUGGAGUAUGUAAACAGCUGUGAAAAUCCUGACUCAAAUGAUCGACUGCAAAACAUACCUGCUUUUGGAAAUACAAGUAAAAUACUCUAUAGGAACUUAUAUUGUGCUCUGUGUCAUGGAGAGGAAUUCAUUCUUUGGAAUCUUUUAUAUCAAUGUGAUUUAGGACCAAAUGUAAGUUUCGAAAAUAUAUUAAAUAAUGUGAAAGAUGGAAAUUGUUCGGCAACUGUGAAACCGCCUUCAGAAGAUUUGGAGAAAUAUAUAUAUCCUUGUACUGAAUUCAUUGCGAAUUGUCCUCAAGAUAACAAUAAUACGGAACAGAGAAUUAAAUGUGAAUCUAAUCCAAUGGCUUUAGUAAAAUCUGGAAUUAACGUAUUUAGAAACAUUCACUGUGCUACAUGUAACGGGUUUGACGAAGUCGUUGAUUACUGUGGAUAUCCACGCGUUGUUUUUGACGUCCCAUUUACGCCUUCCUUAACUAUCCUUUUUAAUUACCAUACCAAUUCUCUGGUAAUAAAAGAUAACCGCCGUAAUCGAGAUUCUGUCAUGCAGUUUACCUCUUGUCAAAAACCUGCUGUCUACGAUAUGAAUACUAAGGAAUGUCGACAAGUUAUCUACCAACCUCAGCUAAAUUGUACGACAACAACAUUAAAUAAAUCUGAGUAUCAUAUUACAAGCGAUGGUCUCCUGUACAUAAAUAAUACCCAACGUUUGCUGAACCAAUCAGAAUACACUCGUGAUUCUCAAGGUAUAAUAAGUAUCUGUGUAAAGAAUAGUACCACUAUAAUACCAACGUAUUCUACUGCUGAAAGUUAUAUCACAUUAGUGGGAUUAAUUAUCUCUAUUCCGGCUCUAGCAAUUACUAUUAUAGUCUAUCUCUGUAUACCUGAUCUCCGUACCUUACCAGGUAAAUUACUCAUCAGUCUUUCAUCAGCACUGUUUGCAGCUGAGCUUCUCUUUCUUAUCUCAUCCCAAAUUACUACAUCUACAGUGUUGUGUAAAUCUUUAGCUGUAGUAAUGCAUUAUUCGUUUCUAGCGACUUUCUUCUGGAUGAAUGUCAUGUCUUUUGAUGCCUGGCACACUUUCUCGGGACUCACACAAAUUCGAAGUAAAGGAAAACAUACCAAGAGAUUUGUAUUAUAUUCCUUGUAUGCUUGGAUCUGUCCACUUGUAAUAAUAACUGUAUCACUGAUAUUUGAGUAUAUUCCUGGAAAUCAUGGACUUUCUCCAGAAUAUGGAAAUGGUGUUUGUUGGAUUACAAACGGAAAAAGUUUGCUGUGGCUCUUUGCAAUACCUGUAAUAAUUAUAUUAUGUCUUAAUAUAUUUGCAUUUAUUCUAACCGCUAGAGGGCUGCAUUUGGCCAAGAAACUUUCUUCGAAAUAUUUAUCUAAACACAAUAAAACUUUGCCCUUCAUAUAUAUAAAAUUAAGUUUCAUCAUGGGUUUAACAUGGAUAUUCGUCUUCUUGUAUAUAUUUACGAAAAUUGAGGAAUUUUCCCUGUUAUUUUGUAUCUUAAACUCAUUCAUAGGAUUAUUUAUAUGUUUAUCAUUUCUAUUAACAAAGAUUGUCUGUCGUAAUUUCCUUAAACACGUACAGAAGAUUCCUAAGUUCUCUGCCAUUAUUCACACCGAUAUUUCUCCAACUUCCAAAACACAAAUAACGGAUAUGAGUGUUUCAUAUAACUAACAUUACCAAGUAGUCCAUGCAAAAAUCCAUGUUAAUAAUUCUUAUCAUGACUUUACGCUACUGAAGUUGUUCGGAAAGACGUGAAUUUACUAACUAUAUUCAUUUAACCGUUCUUAAAACCAGGUUUUUUGUACCUACUCAAGACAAGUCAAUAGUCAUACCAAUGACCUCAUCUGUUUUGCAGACUUCCAUAUAAUGUUGCAUUUCCAAUCUCUAUUUAAAGCUUAUAAUUUUUUUACGUACGAAAAUAACACACUUGAAUUAACACCAACAGAAAAAUGUCCUUUAACCUAUUUCUGCUUAAAUUACAAAACAUUAGUGCUGAUAUCAUUAGGAAAAUAAUAUUAGCAAUCGUCAUCUCGAAACGUCGUUACCACACUAUGAAUUAAUAUAUGAAUUAAUAUAGCUUUUUGCUGAAAUCUCUAAAACUAUAUUAUAAACCUAAUCAAUGUAUACUGCGUAAAGUCUCUUAUGAUCUUACACAAUACUACUUUCAUGAAAACUUAUUUAUAUCUCACAUUAAGAACUACUUUACUAAUAUAUUUUACGCAUGCUCACAAGCGCAAUAUGUAACCUGAUAUUUGUUAGCUAAUUAUGAUGAAAAUAAAAAAGAGGUCCCAGAAAUUUAUUUAAACUUAUCUGUAUUCUGUGGUUUCUAUUUAUUAUUCACAUAAUAUUUCUUAUAUUAAAACAUAAACUGUUUUGCCGAAGGGUCUUCAACACAGGAUUGGCCUAAUACUGAAUAAUAAAGUUGUAAAAUCUUAAGAACAUUAUACUUCGUUUUAUGAAAUCAUUGAUUUCCGAUUACAUUAUCAAUGAUUAUUUUUAUUUUAUCAGAUUACCCGAAAUGAU